UCAUUGAACAUCCAAUUUCAGGAGUUCCACUGACGACGUUCCCACGGUGCUGGUGCGAAAGGGAUUAUUCGGAGUACUAGCGUUACGCUUUCCACAGCAGGGACAUCAUAGCGCUACCGGAACUUUGCCUGAUGUGCAAUAUGACUUUUGAAGAACCUAGUGGAGACAACGCCACUGAAAGAAUGGAUUCCGUGGCAAGUGCGUUAGAAGAUGUCCUCAGCGCUGCAUUACCUCAGGGUUGCAUCACUGUAGGAGUAUACGAGGCGGCAAAGUCUCUGAAUGUGGAUCCCGACGAUGUGGUUUUAUGUCUCUUGGCUACUGACGAAGAAGAUGUUCAAGACGUCGCACUUCAGAUUCACUUCACUUUAAUCCAGGCAUUCUGCUGUGAGAAUGACAUCAACAUCCUGCGUGUGAACAACAUGCAACGUCUGGCUGAAAUCCUUGGGGGAAUGAAACCAGGAGGAGAGCCGAUGGACCUCCACUGUGUAUUAGUCACCAAUCCUCAAUCAUCCACGUGGAAAGACCCAGCCCUGAGUAAACUGAACAGAUUCUGCAGAGACAGCCGUGUCCUAGACCAGUGGGUGCCUGUCAUUAACCUUCCUGAGCGAUGAUCGAGAGAGAGAACUGCACACUGUAUACUUUUCAAAAGUUAUUGCACUAGAUGAUAUGUCUGAUGCCUCCAGAGGAUCCCUCCGAACUGCCCCUGCACUGGCUGGGAAGAAAACAUGGAAUGGUGUUUAACAACACGAAUAAGAAUGACAAGCAUCAUCAACAAGACAAGAAUAAAGAAAAAGGUCAAUUUGAACUUGACUGUCAUGGGUGUGGACUCUCUGCUUAACCGGUGCAGAUGCAUUCCCGAGACCUGUUCCGGAAGAACGACUCAGCAGUAUGGGUUUACUGGACUGCCAGGGAAUGACAUGGUGAGCCAUUUGCCGGGAAAAGGGACUGUGCUACAGGAAACUGAAUCAUGUGAAUGCUCACUGGCACGUGGUGAGCGCGAGAAGGGGAUUUUUUUUUUUUUUUUUUACUCAAGGAGGCUCCUGACAGGGCAGGCUCCAAGAACUGGGGCAAAGGGAAAUGGACUGGACUCUGCCUUCCAGGCAAGUCUCUUUUGUGAGGAGCACUGACAGUUGCCUUACUGGAUACUCUGGAAUUUUUGAGAACAACUUUUAACUUAUGUUGUUAUUGUCCUUUCAUGAGUUACUAUUUAAAAAAAGGGAAGAUGUUCUAAACCUCUUUAAAUGUUUAGGAAGUAAAUGCAUUGACUUAUUCAUUAACAUUCAUUUUGGUGAAAACAAAUGUUGGUUUGUGUUAAUAUAUUUAAUUUAAUGAGUUGUAUUUAUGUUGCUGUGUAUCAGUAUGGAAUAAACAGUUGAAACCAA